AUGGAACAACUCGAUCCCACAACAGGCAACCCCCUCCCAGCCGACGCUAUCCAGCGCAUCCUCUUCAUCGCCUCCGGCGCCCACGUCUACAACAUCCCGCCCCUCACCUCGAACAAGGGCUACACCGCCGCCGGCUGGACCGACCGCCAAAUCUUCACCGCGCGCCUCCGCGUUCUCGAAACAGCCUGGGAGACCACCGCCGCCGCCCGCCCUACUCCAGUAGGCGUAGGCUCCGCCGUCGUCCCCGUGGCCCCCGGCGCACCCGCAGGCAUAACCUCGAAAGAGAACCACAUCAAGGUCGACAUCGUCCUCGAGGACCCCUCCAACGGCCAGCUCUUCGCCGCCGCGCCCUACACCUCCAUCAACGCCGUCGAGCCUGUGCUCGACUCGUCGCGCUUCUUCGCGGUGCGCGUCAUGGACGGGCAGGGCCGGAAGGCGGUGCUGGGCGUCGGCUUCGAGGAGCGCAGCGAGGCGUUCGACUUCGGCGUCGCGCUGCAGGAGGCGCAGAAGAGUUUGGGUUUGCUGGACGCCAGCCACGCCAAGCAGGCUGCUGAGAAUAGCAAGCGCGCCGAGGAGGAGAAGAAUAAGGAUUACAGUCUCAAGGAGGGCGAGACCAUCACCAUCAACUUUGGCGGGUCAAAGAUUGGGCGCCGGGCGAGGACCGAGUCCGGGUCCGAGAUCCCCGGCGGAGGAGCGGGAGGGUUGCAGGGGUUCUCUCUUCCGCCGCCGCCGAGCGCGCCUAAGAGCAGCGGUGGUGCUGGUAGCUUCGGAUUGCCGCCGCCUCCGAGCGCUGCCAAUAUCCGAGACAAGAAGAGGGAGAACAGGAAAUCCGCACAAGACCUGGGGUUCGACGACGGCCAGUUUGGAGAGUUUGCGUAA